ACUUAGCUGGAGUUUAUAAAAUUGGUUUUGAUACAAUUACUUCAUAUUCUCUUACAUUAAAUGUUUGUUCAAAUUUAAUGAAUCAAUGCAAUGGAAUAUCUGUAUUUGAGCUGCUCUCUAAGAAUCGGUACUUGUCAGCUUCUUGGUCUGGUGAUUCAAUCAACUGUAUACCAACUAAUGAUGGUGUUAUUAGUACUACCAGAAUGAUGUUUGAUAAAAUUUCCGAGAGUAAGGCUGUGAAAUUGAGUGAUAUUGGAGUUGAUUUCGUCUGGAAGAUCCAAAUGAGUAGAGUUUUUGACCGUGGGAAAGCAAUUGAAAUUCUGCAAAGGUAUUCUAAAUUUUCUUUUUUUGAGGGUUUGAAAUUUUUGGAUGGUAUUUCUAGAAACGAAUUUCAGGAGAUGGUUUCUAAGAAUGGAUACUUACGAGAUUCGUUUUUUAUCGGUUCAAUUGCUGGAGCACCAUCUAAGCUUGCAAUUAUUCUUACUGCUAGGAGUUUGAAUGUCAAUGUCUAUCUUUAUUUUCAAGAUGCUUGCUCAUUAUUUUAUCGAGACAUUACUUUAGAUACUUCAGCGACAGUUUCUCUCUGCUCUAUCCAUUGGCUAUCUCUGAGUUUCCACAAGAAGGUGUCCAGGUGUUGCAUCUCAACUGUGGUUGUUUAUCUACAUCUAAAUUUACCAUGUAUCUCCUUUUAUGUGGCAACCACCUGGCAGAGAUGACUUAUAGCCCGACUUAUCUCCUUGCAAGGGUAGUUAAAACUCAGUUGGUGCUCCGGGUAAUUCAACUGCUACAUGGGAGGCUGGUGGAAUACUUGAGGUGGAAGUUCAAAUUGGUUCCGCCUACUUUGUGGAGUCUGAAAAUGCUCGCUGGAUUGGUAACAAUUUCAUCUCGGUGUUGUGUUCAGGACUUAAAUGGGAUACUGCAUCCUGGAAUUCAGUGGUCACUCAGGUCCUAAAGAAGUACGUGGUUGAGAAGGCCCGGGAAGGGCUUGAUAUAAUGCAUAAUACUAUUGUAUGGAGUUGUGAUAUAGAUGCAGAUUUCUUACUUCUGCAGCUCACCGAUGGGUUCCCUAUGGAAGUAAACUGUCUCUGUAUUCGAUCAACAAAGAUUCGCCUUAAUGCAAAAGCGGAAUAUGAUGUAUUGAGGGUUCUUGCGAUGAGUUUAAAAGGUAAAAUUAGAUUUCUUUCAAUCAAUACUGAAGCUAAGGUUGAUCACGGAGGAUGUAAGGUGCAACUUCGAGCUUCUACUUAUCAUUUGCUUCUGUCGUUGGAUGCUUGUGGCUUUUGUUGUAAUCAUCUGAUUCUGAAAGCUCAUUCUUCAGCAAGUAAGUCAUCUGUGAUCUUGAACUCCGAAGGAUGUAUUCCCUAACUAUUCUCUCUUGUAUUUGCGCUAUCCUCAACAUGAAUCUUCUUGCUGUUAUCGACUAUUACAAUUGGUAUAUCGUCCACUGGAUGGUUAUACCAAGUUAAGGUACUAUGAACAUAACAUGAGAUUACAGCUGAUGUUCAUAGUGAUUCACAUCCCCGUUGUGUCGAUGUUCGUGUGGUACUUGAAGUGGAAAUUCAAGUUGUUUUCAACUGGGAUGUGCAGUGUGAUAGAUGUUAGGUGGGUUGAUAAUAUUUUUAUCUCAGUGGGGGUGCCUUGACAACUGCAAAAAUAAGAGCAAUUGGUUCUGCGAAGGCGAGGUCCAUAAUCAAAUUGCCGCAAAUCUUCUGAGCAGCAAUAUGUUUCUGUCAAGUUUGUGGAGUAUGGGGAAUACUAGUGGUGCUAUAUGGGUCUUAAAACUCUAUUCUCGCUGGCAUUUUUGUAGAGACACUAGUACUGAAAUCUGACCAGCUAUGCAUGUGCCUGCCCAAAUAGAAGACAACCUUGCGAUCAAAUUCUUCAUCCUUGAGGACAAGGACGUUUUGAAGGGGAAGGGAAUGUCAUGUACUUACUAUAUGUGAGAGGGUGCCCUUAUCAUGUUACUUGUCAGUCCUUAGUAGUAGUUAUAGUUGGUAGUAUUUAGUGUAGGAGUGAGUGUGUUUAUCAGUGUAAGGAACGAUUAGACGAGAGCCACCUGGGUGACUAUCUGGCCGUGGAUCCUAGGAUAGUA